AUGACUCUUAGAGUACCCAUUGGUUCAGACAGAUUCAUCACCUUCGUCUCUGCAUAUGCUCCUACUUUAGACAGUGAUGAAGACACAAAGAAUCAGUUCUACCACCAACUGAACAGUACUCUCUCUAAAAUACCCAUUCAAGAUAAAGUAAUUAUACUUGGUGAUUUCAAUGCCAGAGUGGGAAGGGACAACCGUUUUUGGGGAGACGUCAUGGGUAAACAAGGGGUGGGAAACUGCAAUGCAAAUGGGUUGUUACUUCUUGGUCUAUGUGCUGAGCACGAGCUUUUCAUCUCCAAUACCCAAUUCCGUUUGCAUAACCGCUAUAAGACCACAUGGAUGCACCCACGCUCCAAACAUUGGCAUCUUACAGACAAUGUUAUUACGCGACAGCGUGACAAGAAAGACAUUCUCAUCACAAAAGCAGCACUAAACAUCGAUGAGUGCUGGACUGACCAUAGACUUUUAGUCAGCCGUUUGAGAGUACCAAAGUAUCGCAACCCACGAUCCCACUUUUCAAACCCACCACGCAGAAAAUUCAACAUAAGCAACCUGAACAACAAAAACGUUCGCUCACACUUCCAAGACAUACUGUCUGAACAACUUAACAAAGCUCCAGCAACCACAGAUGACGUCGAACAAGAAUGGGCCACAUUAAUGAACAUCAUCAAAGAAACUGCUGAGAAUGUUGUUGGUUUUAGUGCACGGAAAAGAAGUGACUGGUUUGAUGACAACCAUGGAGAAAUCCAAGCCAUCAUCAAUGCAAAGCGGGAUGCUUACCUAUCCCUUGCUCAAGAUCCGUCCUGCGCAGAAAAGAAAGCACACUUUCAAGAACUCAAGCAGAAAUGUCAAAGUGAAAUACGAGUAAUCAAGAACAAAUGGUGGCAACAGAAAGCCACAGAACUCCAAAAUCUUUCCGAUACAAGGAACCCGCGUGGCUUCUACGCUGGUAUUAAAGAGCUGUAUGGACCUAUCCGCUCCUCAUCAGGAACACUGAAAGUUGCUGACAACUCCACCAUUCUUACUGAAAGUCAGGACAUCUUAAAUCGUUGGAAAGAGCACUUCAGCUCACUGUUAAACCGCCCUUCUACUGCCGCUGGAGAUUUUCUCAGAAAUGUACCACAGCACCCUCCAAAACCCUGGAUGGCUGAUCCUCCAACUUUUCAAGAAUUUUGCAAGGCACUCAAGAGUGUGUAA